AUGUGCCUUAACGAAAAGAAGACAAGCAACCAAGAAUUAGAUCCGCUAUCUAUUAGUCCAAAAGGUCGACUUUCACACACAUUGGCCUCCGACCUGGUGAUGUGGUCACGUCCAAAUAUAUCACGACGAGCGCUGUGUUCCGCUCUUGAAAAGGGGGACAGCUCUGCCCGCGACUCGCUAACUAUAACUGCGUACGUGACUUUUUGUUUCGCGUCUAGUGAAUUUGGGACGGGGCUGCGUAAGCCGCCAUCACCGGAGACGUUGCCAGGCCGCUGGCUGGAAAUAGGC